GACGCUCAGCUCGCUGCACCAGGCGCACCACUACAACCAGCUGACCGCCGCCGCCGUGUCCGCGGGCCAGCGCGGCGCGCACGACGCCCUGCGGCGCUCCGACGCCGACGCCCUGCAUGUGACCAACAUGCACGCGUCGUUCCCGUACGAGUCGAACCGCGCGGCCCGCGACUACGGCGUGCGGCGGCCCGACGUGCUCAUCCAGUCGCACCCGGGGCUCGACGGCCAGGACCCCCUGGUGCUGCACGGAGGACUCUCCGGCGUCGACGACCCGCAGAACACCAGCGUGGACGAUGGUGCCGUCUUCAUCAACGACCUGCCCCUGCUCAAGAGCAUGAAGCCGCGCAGCGAGGGCGGCAAAGACGUGGUGCUGUCGUCGGCGUCGGCGCCGUCGGACGUGUUCUGCAGCGUGCCGGGCCGGCUGUCGCUGCUCAGCUCCACCUCCAAGUACAAGGUCACCGUCGGAGAGGUGCAGCGCCGCCUCAGCCCGCCCGAGUGCCUCAACGCGUCGCUACUAGGCGGUGUGCUGCGCAGAGCCAAGUCGAAGAACGGCGGCCGCCUUCUACGGGAGAAGCUGGAGAAGAUCGGGCUGAACCUACCGGCUGGCCGCCGGAAAGCUGCCAACGUCACUCUCCUCACGUCCCUGGUUGAAGGAGAGGCGAUCCACUUGGCGCGGGACUUCGGCUACGUCUGCGAGACUGAGUUCCCCGCACGGCAGGUGGCGGAGUACCUGAGCCGGCAACACACAGACCCCGGCGAGUCCUACCGCCGCAAGGAGCUCAUACAUGCCACCAAGCAGAUCACCAAAGAACUUAUGGACCUGCUGAACCAGGACCGUUCACCACUGUGCAAUACCCGACCACAACAUAUCUUGGAUCCCAGUAUCCAACGUCACCUGACACACUUCUCGCUUAUAUCUCAUGGAUUUGGCAGUCCAGCGAUUGUUGCUGCCCUCACCGCUAUACAGAAUUUUUUGACUGAGUCAUUAAAGCACCUGGAGAAGAUGUACCCAUCAACCAACAAUAAUGGUGGAUCACACAUAUCAGUGAGCUCUUCCCAACAACCAGGUGGUGGCAUGGAUUCAAAGCCGAAGGAACUCAGUGAUAUGAAGAAGUGAGGCUGGCUACGACGGGCUGCGGGAACCACCAAUCAUUCGUGGCCCUUCAAUUGACACUGCGGUCUAGGUCCCUUCCCCGUACUUAAUGCAAAUCUUUCUUUAUUAAUUAUGUGAAAAGAAUGUAAAAAAGAAUAAGGUCACAAGAACAGAACUGUUGGACUUUUCAUCAUUGUGAAGUGGUUACUUGUGGCUAUGAACAAUUCUAACGGAUACUUUCUCGAAAAAUGUUGCAUUUCAUUUUGUGAUCAUUCUUAGCUGUUAGACAGAGGGUGCCUCAGCUUCACAAACUGGAAUAAGUGGACGCAGUUCUACUGGUACUGUAAUGAUUACCAUCAACGUUCUGGGGAUUCAUCAAUAUGACAUUUAACAUAUCAGUGUCAUACAGCAGAAAGAAGGUAGCUUCUCAUAUAAUGAGAAAUGAAACCUGCUCAAGAUUGCAGACUCCAGGAUUUCGGGGUCUCCAUUUUGACAUAAAUUUGCAAACAAAAAUUAAGAAGCCUUGUUCCUUUCUAUGUGUGCUAAAAUACAAAAUUAUUCAUUGACAUUUAGCAAUAACUUUUGUCCAUGCAUUGUGAGUCAAGUAAUUGCAGCAUUUCACUUGGAUCUUUGGCUUGUUUUCUGUACAACUAACACUAAAUGUGUUGGUAAAGCCUUCUUUGGAAUGCUACUUUAUUCAAACUUAUACACAUUGCUUUUCUUCUCUUCAUUGUUGUUAACUAAGCAUAUAAGAAACAAAACUGAUGUAUAUCAAUAUCAGACUCAAAUUAUGACUGUAAUAAGCAUAUCUCAUCUCGCAGUCAAACAACACACUCUGUAGGGCAAUGCCUGCAGAAAAAUAAAUGUCUGGUACUAAAUUAAAUUCAUCCUGAUUUCAUGUGAAUACAGUUUUGCCAAUGAUCAGCAAUAAGGGUGUUAACUCCAUAAAGUGCAGUUUCAGUAAACAAGUGUAACUGAAUUUAAUAUUCAUUGUGGGGAACAAAGCGGCCUAUAAAGUAAUUAAGCUGUCUUGUUGUUUCUGGUUCAGGUAUAUAUAUACAUUCCAAAUAUAUGACAAAGAGCUGUAUGAUCAUCUGCAAGCCUAGACAUGAUACAGAGACUGUAAAUGUUAGUAUGACACCUUAGUCUAACAAACACCCUCCACAAAUAUUUCAACGUGCCAAAAUUUAGUGCAGAUUUUCUGACCUACAAUUCAUAACUAUUUCUAAGAUUCUCAAUAUUGUUGCAACAAAUUUUGUAUUAGUAUUUAAAUAUGAUUUGUUUUUAUAUAAAUAAUUAGUUAAUAGUUUAUGAUGUGUGUGUAUGCAUAGGUGUGAAUGUGUAGUGUGUAAAAAAAGUGUAAAAAUUGUUUUUCAUAAUGAUGUAACAACACCUGCAUGCUGUACAAGAGAAUUCUCAAGGUGAUAC